AUGAAGCUGACGGUCUGCUUUGGAGACACAAAGGUCGUGGUUCCUUGUGGUUCAGGGAACUUAACGGUUAGAGACUUGACUCUCAGUGGUUUAAGGAGGGUUAGGCAUACUUUACCGAAGCUCGGACCACAGGAUCGCAUUGUCGUCCACAGCAUCAAUGUUGCCAGAGAUGGUGGUAUGCUUGAUUGGGAUGAUUUGGUCUGCGAUGUGGUAGACGAUCGUGAAAUGGUUACUGCUCACUUUUCGGUCGCCACCUUAUCAAACAAUAUCAAGGAUUCUUGUCCAAAUCGACCCUCAACUGCCCUUGAUUCUAUAUUUCAAUCACUUUCCACACCCUUAGUUGUCGAUUUAUGUUCUGAUAGUGCUAUCGAGCCUUCAUUUCAUAGUCCCAUCCAGUCUAGCGGGGCUAGUGAAUUUAGAGAUAGUGGAUUGAAUCUCGCACCUCCUUGUGGAAUUGGAUUAAGACAAACUGACAUCAAUGGUCAUAUCGCAGACAGGCUUCUGCGUAUCGGAGAUGGAAGUACAAGCAGUAGUAACUUAAGUUUAAAUCUAAGUAAUGAUAGCUGUGGAUUGCAUCAACCAAAUGGAGCACAUACAUCUCAGUUCCCUGGUGAUAUCCACGAAUGGCUUCUGAAUGAGUCUUCCCAUGAUUCUAAUGCAGCGCUGCAUCCCAACAUUAAAGUGAAUUGUGUUUCAGAAGUAUCCUCUUCUGGCAAUAAAGAGAAAUGUUUUACAACCUCUUCAGCUUCUCAGUCACCACCUACUUGCUUCAAUACAAUAUCAAGUACUUGUGAACGACUGAAAAGUUCUCCGGUUUCGUGUAAUAAAUCCUGUCCGAAUAGUAUCACCAUAAAUGAUACAGCAAUUUCAAAGCAUUGUCAAAGAACACUUUCACCGAAUGUCUUUGAAAUGCUCUCAAAUGUCUUAUCUCGCCGUCGUGAUCUUAUUGAGUCUGGUUGGGAUUCUGAUGAUGAAGAUGAAGAUGCAUUUGAUCCUGAUGGAGGCUAUUCAUACGAUUGCCAAGUAGGUGAACAGCAGAAUGAAUUUGUGUCAUUACCCAAUGGUGAUACUAUCCUUCACUCAGAUACCAUAAACAAUAAUUCAGAUAUAUUACCUAAUUCUUUACCUGGAGGAAACCACUGUUGUUUAGAUGUCACAGAAAGUAAUAGUCACCAUGAAAAUACUAACGAUAACUUUUCGACUGUAAGAUAUCCCUCGGUGACUCUUACAUCAAGCGGAACUUGUGAUAGACCAAGUAAUCACCCUGUUUUAUCAAAUGCAGAUAUUUGGCCUCUCCCACCUCCACCUUUUUCUGCUUCCGAUGUUCCACAUGUUAAUAUUCCUACUAAUCUCCCAUGUAGAAUACAUUCUCCAGAAGACGAAUAUCAUAUAGGUAUAAAUACUGAACGACUGAUACGUGCAGUUCAAAGUCAUAAUUCAUUUUCAAGUUCGAAUGGUUCCGACCGAUUUUGCACAACUUCAGACAUAGUGUCUAAUUCAUUAGUCAGUCAGUCAGAACUCCGAAAUCCCCUCAGUUAUUCUCAGCCUAAUUUGGCCACACAGUAUGACGAUUCUAUUCGACAACAAAAUAUGCAACAUUUAUCGAAUACUCAUAUAGCAGAAAAUAAUAUGGUUAGUAAUUCAUUACAUCAGUCGAGACCGGACCAUGUACAGCCUCAAUACUCACACACAUGUAAUAUCAACUCAACAAAAUCCCUUGUUAUAACAAGUCGUCCUGUUGGCGGUCUCUCCUAUUCUCGAACAACAACACGUUUAGGAACAGCAUUUCAAACCAAUUUAACUGUUCCAACUAUAGUUGAAGAAGAAGAAGAAUAUUCGGUAGAUUCUGAAAGACAACUUCCGAAUUUGCCGGAAUAUGAAACAGAACACCAAUUUAUCGACAUGUUAAAGUCUAGAACCAAUCCUGUGCUUAAUAAUAAUAUUGAUAUUAAUGAAGCAAAUGAAGAAGAUUAUCCACUUCUACGUAAAGAUUAUGUUCUGGAAAAAGAUCAAACAUCUGUCCAAAAAUGCGGUGUACUACAUGUGAAUACAAUUAAUAAUGAUAAAUGUAAUCCUAGUUCAAAUGAAUUACACUUGUCUAAUCUUCAAUUUCAUUCAAAUGAUAAUCCAUUAAUAACAAAUAACCAUUCUAUUCGUGGUCUACCUAAACCGGAUGUGAUUCGUUGGCUUGAAAAUACUCGUGAUGCUACUAUGAGUAAUAAUUGUCAAGUUAUAAGUAAAUCUGGUUUAUCACAUCUUUCAUCAUCUGCAUCAUUAAAUCAAUCAGAUUUCAAUACAGAUGAUCAUCAACCAAUUAAUGAAGUACCUGAAAAAAUAUCUUUGAAUAUCAUUGAAUCACCUUCAGUGAAUAAAUCUCAGGAAUCAAUAAAUAGUAAAGACUCAGUAGUGACAAUUCGUCUGAUAAAUACUAAACGUGGUGAAAAUUUAGGUAUACAAAUUAAACCUGUCUUUUCGGAUGUCUUUAACUCUAACAAUGAUAACUGUUCAGAUAAUAAUGGCGGAUCAAGAAUUGAAUGUGGUCUUGAAGUUCAUUGUAUUUUACCGAAUGGGCGUGUAGCACGUGAGCAAUGUUUAUCUGUUGGAGAUCGGAUUUUAAGUAUUAAUGGAAUUUCAUUAAGCGGUAUACCAUUUGAAAAGGGUCGUGAUAUAUUUCAAGAGGCAUUAAAUGAACCAGAAAUAAUACUUCGUGUACUUCCUCAUUCAGCCUACCAAUACAGUUCUUCACUAUCUAUACAAAACAUUGAUAAAAUAAACAGGACAACUACAGAGAAAUCAGAGAAACCUUCAUGUGGUCUAAUUGUUAUCGUAUCCGAUCCAUUGUCUAAAGCUAAAGAAGUUGAAAUAAAAUCUAAUUCAAAUCAGUUAAAACCUAUACCACCACCACCACCUCGUCGUUCUCCCAACACUGUAUUAACUCGUAUUCCAGAAGGAAUUAUUAAACCAUUAAUUGACGAAUUUUUAAAAGAGAAAAAACAACAAGAAAAUAAUAAUAAUCAAUUACCAUCAUCACAAGAAUUAACAAAAUCUGUUGUCAACUCACAAACAAAUAUUGUUAAUAAUAGUGAUGAUUUGCACACAUUUACUUAUCAUACAAUUCAUUUAUGCAAAGGUUCUAAUGGAUUGGGAUUUAGUUUAACUAGUCGUGAUUCAUUGACAUCAUCGGGUCAAAAAGUUAUCUGUGUGAAAAAUAUACUACCAGGUGGAGCAGCUCUAAUCGAUGGCCAAUUAAAACCUGGUGAUCUUCUAAUGAAGGUUGAUAAUAUUGAUGUGAAUGAAAUUGGUCAAGCACAAACAGUUGCAUUAUUACGAAGUAAACCUGUAAAUACUUUUGUUACUUUAGUUGUCAAACGAUCAAGAAAUAAUUCCCAUAAUGCAGAUAUCAAUAAUAAUAAUAAUAAUGACCAUAAUCUUGAUCAAGCAUGUCUACCUGAUUUGAAAACUAUGCAACCAUCUGUUAUCUGUACAAUAGCAUCAAGUUGUUGUAUAAAUACUGUAAAUGAACAACCAACAAAAUCAAUAUUAUCUUCAAUAUCCUCAUUAUCAUCAACAUCACAACCAAUAACACAACAACAUAAUGAAAGAGUGAUUGUGGAACAACCAUCUAGUCAUGAUAUAAAAAUACCUGAUAAGCUAUCCGAAUGGAAUUGUUGUUCAUCCGACAUCUCUCAAAAAUUCCAUCCCCUUCCACCUUCACAUCCUUCAUAUAAACUUCAUGAAAUCGAUUCAUCUCACUGGUCAAUUUAUUUAUUGAAUAUACAUUUACCUUUGACAAAAGUCAAUGAAUCUGAUAAAAUUACAACAAUACGACAAUAUACAGAUUCUACUGUACAUCAAUCAACAGUUAAACGAUAUACAGGUAAUCCUGUCACCUUAGGUGUAAGUGUAUCAGUAAGACGCUUGUCAAAUAAUUUGUGUGUUAAUAGCAAUGAUGCCCUUGGUGGUGGACUCAGUAGUUCUAUUACUGCUACUGCUAAUACUACUGUUACUGUUAAUGAAAAACAUUCAAAUGUACAAAUUGAUAAAACUAAUGAUUCACAAUGGAAUGCUGUCUUUGUAAGAACUGUAAUUGAUGGUGGUCCUGCUUAUCAAGAUGGACGUUUACAAGUUGGUGAUCGUUUAUUAACUAUAGAUGAUCAAAAUUUAUCUGGAUUAUCUACUACUGAUGCACUUAAUCGUCUAAAAUCUGUUAUUGCAAAAGAUUUGAAUGAAUCUCCUCAUCCAUGUGUUCAUCUUUUGAUUGCUCGACCUCGGGAUGGAAUUGAUCCAGAUAAUUCUUAUACAAAUUCUAUGGAAAAUAAAAGUGAGAAUGGAAUGAAUAAAAUCACCAGUUCUAAUCAGCGUAAAUCUUUCUCGGAAGUGGCAACAAAAGAAUCACAUAAUGAUAAUAGUGCUAAUUCAAAACCGCUACUAGUCUCUGCUGUAGUACACUCAUCGGAAUCUGUUUCAAUGGCCGGGGGGAAUUCACAUGAUUCAUAUAAUCCACCUGGAAAAUACUCUUUAUCAUCUAAUCAUCUUGCUGUAACCAACUUAUCACCGUCAUCAUCGUCACAACAUCUACAAUCACAAAAACAAUCCACCAAUCUCUCUAACACCUCUUAUCCUCUGUGUCUAAUUCAAAAUUCUCAGUCCAGUGAAGAAAUGUCAAAAACUUUGCAUUUAAAAUCAAAUACUUAUAAUUCUACUGUAAAUGUCGAUAAUUCCUAUGCAAAUACUACCAAAUCUGCUUCUUCAUCAUUAUUAAUAUGUAAUACAAAGACUAAUGAAAACAACGAUGAGAAUAUUGAUGUCAAUAGGACUAAUCAUCAUGAUGAUGCUAAUAACUGUAAUACUGUUACUAAUUCCCUCAUAAUUAAUAAUAGUUUUCAAUGUGAUUCAAAAACAGUUAAAAUUGAUUAUUGCGCGGUGAAAAAAGUUCAAAUCCCUGUAACUUCCUGCUCAACUCUUAAACAUUUAGAUUCCAUUCCUUCAUCUAAUUCAAAUGGUACAUCUGAGCAUAGCCAUCAUCAUUAUCGUCGUCGUCAUUAUCACUAUCGCGAUAAUGAAAAAUUCUAUCUUAAUUCAAAGAGCUGUUAUAGUAAUUUAGAUCAAGAUUCAAAAAAACGAUUAUCGAAUUACUCAUCGUCAUCAACAGAAAUAUUAUGUAAUUAUCAACAUAAUUUAUGUAAAUACCGAUCGAAUGAUAACAUUGUUAUUGAUGAUGAUCAUGACAGUGAUGAUGAUAUGGAUCGUGAUAAGUCAUCGAUGAUAUGUUAUCAAUACUUAACAGAUGAUUCCGAUUUGAAUUAUGAUGCUACUCCUCCUCUGUCGGAUCCUGAAACUGAACGUUAUAGUUAUAAAUUAGAUUUACUCAGUGAAUUAAGUCUUUCUUCAGUCUCUGGCGCUGCUGGUGACCAAAUAUUAAACAUGAAUAUUCAGAAAAAUCCAAUAACCAAUAAAUCCACUUUACAUAAAUGUUACUAUACACAUGGUAAAUAUUUAAUUGAUAAGAAAUGUAAAUAUCGUGUUGUGUAUCGUCAACCGAGAAUAGACUUUAGUCAAAUGGUACUUGUACCAUUUGAUCCAGCCUCAUGGAAUGGUCCAGUGUUAAAACCGAGAACAGCGUUGAACUCAGAAGAACUACAACUUAUUGUCGAUAUGCCGAAUUCAUUUUCUUCUUUACAAAAUAAUAAUAAUCAUGUUGAACAACAACCUGAUAAAAAUAUAGAAAGAAGAGGGCAUGAUUCCGUUGUUGAUGUUGAUAGUAUGUGUAAUAAACAAAAUGCAAAAUGUAUCGAUAAUGAAACUGUUCGUGUGAGAAAAACACAUCCAAAAACUGUAAUCAGUAAAUUAUUCAGUCUAGUUAAAACAACUACUCAUCGACGUACUAUUGGUGAUCAGAAUACAAUAUCAGAUUUCGAAAAUAAUACAGAAUCUCAAUUACCUACAGAUGAUAACGUUCAAACAAUUUUAUCUAGUGAAAAUGUUAAUGAUAUUGAAAAAAGAAAUAAUUGUUUAAUCAAUUUGCCAAAUAAUACAAAUACACUUUCAACCAUGCAAAAUAAUUUAUAUGUAGAAAGUUCAGCAAAGAAUUUGCUUAAACCUCAAUCGGAUCAGUCAAUUGACUUACAACUUUGUGCAAACAACAAAAUUACUAAUCCUAUCGAAAAAUCAUCACGUUCAUCUUGUUAUGCAACACUUCAUGAAAGAUUCAUACUGUGGAAUGCAGGAUGCAUAUUUCGCUUCAUUUGGAACUGAUCUCCUAGGCGUGCACCUAUAUUUCAGUGUUAUUAUUUUCAUGUUGGAACUCGAAACCAAUGUCCAUCACUUCAAACCCUAAACACAUUAUCCACUAAGCUACAGAGUUAAGAUAAUGAGUAAUUUGUCUAAUGGAUCUGAAGUUAUUAGUAAUAGUUUGUAAUUCCCCGUUAUCUGUGUAUCCUUAGCAAAACACACUGAUAUAGCUUUUCAGUUACAAGGUAUAUAUAUAAAUAUAUUUAAAAUAUUCACUUUUAGACUUGAACCUCCAAUCCAUAUCUAUGAUACUGCACAUAAUAUUCAAAUAAAUAACACUAAUGAUCACAAAUCUGAUUUAUCGAAUCCAAGUAAUGAACAAGUAAAAUUACUAGAUGCGAAAUAUCCCUCUUCUUUUGCACCUCAGUCUAAUAUUCAAACAACUACAGAAAAUGUGGUUGUAAAUCAACCUGAAGAUACCAGUUUAACACAAUUACAAACAACAAAGUAUGCUGAUUUAUCGUUUUUACCAAAUUCAACUUUAAAUAGUCCGUUAUCAUGUAUGCCAUUAUUAUUGACAGAUACCACAAGUCAGUCACUCCACAAACCCCUUCUGAUAAUUAAAGAGUUAACAAGUCAACAACAGCAACAGUCACAACAUCGUUCUAUCUCUUCUUCUAACCAACAUCAUCUCACUAGUUUAUCUAAAAGUGCUGUGAAUCGUCUGUAUGAUAUUGAAAUCAGCUCAUGUUCAACUGCUUAUGAAUCAGUUAUGGAGUAUACACCAACUUGUGAUGAUGUUACUUCCAAACAGAAAACAACCAGAGAAGUUUACGAAGAUGCUGAAGUAUUAUAUCGACACUUAUCUGAUUUGAAACAAUCAAACAAUUCUGAUAUACAAACAACAGUAAUAGAUUCAUCUCAUUAUCAUUAAUAAAUUUCUUUUUUACAAUCUUCAUAUACAUACAGUUUGUACACAAAUUAUUAGUUCUCUGAAUCAAAAAUAUUAUCUGUGUAUGUGUAUUGUCACAAAAACAAUAUACCUUAUAAAAUUCUAUAUUCAAACAUCACUUCCUAAUUCUUUCUACAUUCAACUAUCUAUACAUUUAUUGACACUACUCUCGUUAGUACUGCGAUUACUGUCUAUUAUUAUUAUUAUCGUGAUAAUUAACACAUAUUCUUAAUCAUUAUUCAAGAGACAAAAAUAUAAGAUUCUGUGAUGAUGGCGAAUACUUAAUAAGCAUAACGCAAUUCAACUUAAUGCUUAUAUGUUAAAUGUGAUGAUAAUCGUUUUUAUGCAUUUAUUUUGUGGAACAUAAUGGGAUUUAUACAGAAUAGAAAUAAUAAUGCUACAAAAAAAGAUUAAGAUAGGCAGGGUUCGGUAAUCAAUGUGGAUUCAUGUGUUAUAUGCAUUUCAUACAUUUUUUGUGCCGUUAUUCUAUUAUCAUUAUUUUUCUUUUAUUAUUACUAACUUCAUCACUAAAAAUAUUUUAGCAUUUAUUAUCUUAAUUAUAAUGAUAAUGACGAUCACUAUCAUUUAUUAAGAAAGAAUAUUCUUUCAACUGUUUUUGUUUCUAUGCACACCUCCUACAAACGAACCAACCACCAAGACACGUGACUGUCUACAAUGGUCGGGUAGAUUUGUUUUCCUUUUUCUCUUUUGAUAGUUGUAUUUUCACGGCUAAAAGUGCAACUUUGAUAAUGAUAAUAAUAAUAAUAAAGAUUAGAACAAUGAAUAACCUUGUCUCGUAAAAAGAAAUUGACGUAUUAUUUGUGAAAAAUUCUCUAAAACAUUUUUUUCCAAUGUGAAUAAGAGGAUGAUUGAUGAUAGCGAUAUGUUAUGUUUGUAUCAGAAAGUGCUGUGAUUCUUUUAACUUAAAAUUACAUUUAACAUUAUUAUCAUUUUUCGUAUCUUCCGUUGACGUGAUCAGAAUUACACAAAAGCCAACUGUAAACUAUUAAUAUACCAUUAUAACUCGCAUUUCACUCUCCAUUAUACUUCAUGAAAUGUUUGUAAUUCUAUAUCUCUUCGUUUUUUGUUUUGUUUUCAAUAAGAUGGUAACCUUGCAUUUAUUUCACAACUGUGUUCUUUUAUAAUCAGCAUUUACUCUGACAUAUAUUUAACAACGAUGAUCUUAUUCAUACAUGACUUCGUUUACAGUUUUUUUUUGUGUUACUUUACAAUUUACAAACCCAAAAACUACUUGAAACUCAUAGAUUAAAAAUAAAGCAUUUGAUAAUUUUUUUAUUUGUCUAUUUAUAUUUUACUGGUAAUAUAGUAUCUAAAUCAAUGUGAAAUUUGGAUACUGUGUAUUUUUGACCUGUAUUUCCAAAAGAAUUCUUCGAUUUACAUUCCAAUGGUAACUUAAUUG